AUGGAGACUUUACCAAAGAAUUCGACUGGCGCUGCUGAUAUUCACGAGCUCGUCAAGGAACAAGCCCAGGAAUACCGGAUAGUCUCGUUCUAUGAGACGUUACCAAUCAAGCCUGGCUUCGGUCUGAUCGUGGACAAGGUGUCGGCAACCCUUGGUCUACCCGAUCCUCCUGAAAUUAGUGUGGCGGUCGCUGCAAAUCAUAGCGAUAUUUGCAAAUUUGACAGGAGAGAUCCCACAUAUGAACUUGUCAUCGAGAACAUUGCAGAUCUUGUCCAGUACGCUUUACGACCGCCUCGAAUUGGUACACCGCUGUUGGCCCCCACAAUCUCGUGGAUGGAUCCUAAGAACAGGCAAAGAACACUUUCGGUUGCGCCCUUCCAGGGUACCGGAAGUUUUGAUCUAUCUGAUUCCGCCACAUCUUCAUCUAGAAGUAGUGGCCACACACCCACCUCACCUGUGUUCAUCCUACCCUAUAGUAGCAAUCCAGAUUCCAUCGGCCGAGACGAAAUCUUCAACACUGUUAAAGACUCUUUGGGCUCAACUACCACGGGGCAAAGGAGAGUUGCAUUAUAUGGCCUUGGCGGAAUAGGAUACGCCUACUGGUAUCGACAGAAAUUUCCAGAUCACUCAAUCUUCUGGAUACACUGUGGCACGGCUGAUCGAUUUCGGCAAGGACUAAUUGAUAUUGGCACUCAAUGUCACGUUGCUGGUAUUGACGAUCGCAACAACAAUCGGCUUCUGCUAUUGAAAGACUGGCUUCAACGCAAAACCGACUUCAAAUGGCUCAUGAUACUUGACAAUGUAGAUGAUCCAACCAUCUUUCGAGAUGCACAAGAUCUCGACGAAUCAAGCCAACUUCAGCCUAAUCUGUCUUCAUAUAUUCCAGAUUCAAGGCGGCUAGCCAAUGGAAGUUCUCCGUUACGAAUCAACAAAAUGUCAAGAGAGGAGGCUGUUAUGAUGCUCAAAACCAGACUAUCAACAAGGGUUGAAGCAUCGCCUAUAACACCAGCUACGCCUGCUUCGUACCAGCAACCCGCCAGUGACACCGACCUUCUUCGACUUCCACAAUCUCUCGAUUACUUUCCGUUUGCAAUGGUGCAGGCCGCAGGGUAUAUUACGGAAAGUAUCAUCUCAAUUGGCUGCUAUAUGAAGCUGUUCGAGGACGAUGCCUCGGCUCUUUGGCUUCUCAAGCACGAGGUAGAAGAGAGCGGCCGAGAUUCAGACAUCCCAAGCUCGGUAUAUGCUACCUGGAAAUUAUCGAUUGAGCAAAUCCAAAAAGCGUAUCCGAAGUCCGCUGGGUUGAUCUUUCUGAUGGCACAUUAUGAGCAAUUACAAAUACCUGCAUCACUACUCCUGCAUCAUGUGGGUCAUGAUGUCGUGGAGUUUACCACCAUCAUUGGGGUCUUAUUAAGAUUCUCGCUGGUUGUUGGUGGGCGUCAUGCGACAUAUAAUAUGCACCGGUUAGUUCAGCUCGUUGUGAAGCAUUGGUUAGCAGCUUCGGGAACCCCUGCAGAAUGGCAAAGCAAAGCGCUUCGCUUAUUAUCCAGCCACUUUCUCAGUGGUGAGUUCGGGACCUGGAAGGACGCGGACAGAUCACUCCUUGGGACAUUGCAGGUUAACCUUGCGUGGUACUACUCUAAUCGAGGCCGUUGGAGUAGUGCAGAAGAAUUUGCCAGAGCUGCUUGCAUUGCAUUUCAAGAGGACUACGGACUCCGGCACCGCGAGACUCUCGCUGCCAAAACGAAGUUCGCGUACAUCCUGAGGCUGAAUAGCAAGUUGGAGGAAGCGGAAGUGAUCAUCAAGCAGACCGUAGACGAGAGUAAAGCACUGCUUGGCUCUGAAGACCAGCAGUACUUCGAUGCUUUGGAUCUUUUCGCCCAUAUUGCGCAAAUCCGUGGAAGGCUCCCCGUAGCAGAGAAAGCUUCUCGAAAAGCUUUAUCUGGACGUGAAAAUGUCUUAGGACCCCAUCAUCCAAGUUUGUUUCGGUCGCAGAGACGUCUUGCAACGAUUAUGGAGCUUUCAGGAAAAUAUGACCAAGCGGAAACUUGUAUCAUGAGCGCCCUGAAUGGACAUAAACAUUUGAUUGGCACCGCUGACAAGUCAACUCUGCAGGUCAUGCAGCGACUUUUUUACAUUCAGCGGGCGCAGGGUAAAUACGUUGAGUCGGAGGAGACAGCAGGAGAGUACUUGAAGGUAACGACUGCCACUUAUGGUCCCGACCAUGUCGACACACAAAUAGCGCGAUACACCUUCGCACACUCGCUCAUUGUAAACAGCAAAAUUGAGGAAGCUGAGGCAAUCUUCAUGAGCUUAAUAGAAUUCAUCGAAAAAGAGCGCUCUAUUGGACCAGAUCAUGAGCACAACUUUAAUAUACAGAAUGCGCUAGGCAUUAUUCGAAUGAUACAGGGUAGGUACGCAGAAGCUUCAAGGUUUCAGUAUACGGCAUGGAACGGAAUUCAGAAGACUUUCGGCAAACACCACGCAACAACCUACGAAUAA